UUCGUAAAACGCAAUUACCGUUCUCCACAGACACAAUGAAGGCCGUGUAUGCUGUCUUUUUCCUCUUCUCCGUCUCCUCUGUGAUUGGAGACAACGAUUACAAACAAGCACUAAAAGAUUCAUUUAAGAAUUGUACUCAAAAAUAUCAUGUACAGAAACCUACUUCUGUGAGUGGAGCUGACUUGAAUGGUUACCUUCAAUUCGCCAAAUCUAACCCUAGUGUGAUUGCGUGUUUCUACGACUGCGUGUUCCGGGGGGCGGGGCUUGCGGGCGACUCGGGCUUCGACGCGGAGAGCCUGAAGACCGACCUGGAGGUGGGCAAGUCCAGCGCCAUGGCGUGCGUGUUCCCGGGCGAGGACGUGGCCAAGUGCGGCGAGCAAGCAAAUACUGUGCAGUUAUCAGACCCCACUGAUCCAAAGUGUGAGAGGACACAAGAAUUCGUCAAAUGCUUAACGAACGUUAAAUGCAACGUGAUGUGAAGAAGUGCCCUUUCGUCCAGUAUCUGCAGUGACAAGUCAAAUACUCUAUGUGGAUAAGAAAGAAAGAUUAUCUAGCAUGUAGUAAACCAUAACUGCAAACACUGCAUAUAUAUGUGAAGUUUUUAUGUCUAUGAUUUAAAUAAAUUACUUUGUCAAGUAUGUUACAUCAUAAAACUGUUUUGUCAUGACUUCAAUAAAGUUUUAAAAUUUUUUUUUUUUUUUCGUAAUACUAAA